AUGCCGCUCGACAACGAAGCACACUCGACCAGCUCGGCUACACCGCGACGAGAGCAAGACGACUCGAGCAGCAGUGACAACGACCAGCGAAUCGUGCUCACGUCGUUCAAGCGUGCUAAGCCUAACCCAACCCCCUCUUCUGCCAGGGUGCCUCAAAGCGACAUUAGCGGGGCCAAGACGAGCAGCAGUGCGAACAAGCUGCCUGAAUCAUGUGAGCUACACUCGACUGCGAGCGAUAGCUUCGGCCUUUUACUGCAGAUUGACGUUCAUGUCUCCGUGCGCGUCUCAGUGGCACCUAUCUUUGCGCGCAAAACCCAGAAUCUCCCACAGUCACGGGCAUCCUACAGCUCAGGAGGGACGAUGAGGCUGGCCUGGCGCUCGCCUUUGAAGCACUUCAAUCGGCCUUCAUGUCUCGUUGGAGCGUACGGAGAACCCUUCUCGGCUGCCAUUGCUCGUGCUCGAGCACUUCAGAGCGACACUGAGCGUAGAGGCUCGCUGAAGAUCGCAGCUUUCGACCUGGAUGGCACCCUCGUCACACCAAAGCAAGGUGUGAGUGCCUCUAAUCCCAUGAUUUGGCAGACCUGGGCAGAUCUGAGGAACGCUCUUUCUUGCUUCCCUUUGGCAGACCUGGCCGUCGGCGACGGAUGAAUUCGACUACAAGUUUGUCUUCCCAAGCGUCUGCAAAAAAGUAAAGGCCGAGCACGACGCCGGGUGAGUCCCAAGGCAGCUCCAUUGAGUAACAAUGCUUUGCAAAAGCUUAGGCGCAAACGCGUGUACGGGGCCCAGAGCGGUCAUUGUGGUCAUCUCCAAUCAGAAACAGACAGGCGGGAAAUUUGAUCCCGCAGCUCCUCCCAAGAAGGUGGUGACAUGGCAAAAGAAGUUGGGUCACAUAGCGGAAGCAAUCGGAGCGCCAAUGCUCGUCUUCGCGGCUCUAGCCGAUGACUACUACCGAAAGCCUGCCCUUGGAAUGUGGGAAGCGACUCUAGAGGAGUUGGAAGCGUGUGGUGGAAUGAGGGAUUGGGUCUGCAUUGAAGCUGGGUCUACAAGAAGCUCUUUCUAUGUUGGAGAUGCAGCAGGGAGAUCAAAAGGAAAGGGUCGUGAGGCCGACCACAACGACACGGACCGGAAGUGGGCGCUGAAUGCAGGGCUGCCGUUUCACACGCCAGAGGAGUGGUUCUUGGCCAAUAAGGUACGCGAGAGCGAGUCGUGCAUCGGGAAGUCAACUUCUGACCCGCAUGCACCUCGCUGUGUUCCCUACAGCCCGAGUCGUACGAAUUGAGUGGAUGGAGACCGUCUCAGGAGCAUCUGGCCGAAGUCUCGGACAAUGCACCUCCCUUUUAUGAUGACGGCAAACUCGAACUAGUCUUUUUCGUCGGACCACCGGCUUCUGGGAAGACUUCAUACUAUCGUCGUCACUUUGCGCCUCGUGGAUACGUGCACGUGAACCAAGAUACUCUCAAGACGAGAGACAAGUGCAUCAAGGCUGCAGAAGCUGCACUGCAAAAAGGUCAAAGCGUCGUCAUUGACAAUACGAAUCCCAAGAGGGCUACGCGAGAAGAGUACAAGAAAAUAUCGCUCUAUGCAUCAGCACGCGUGCGCAUGAUCCUCUUCGAUCUGCCCAGGGACCAUCUGGAACACAACAAUCUCGUGAGAGCACAUGCGAUGCCGGAUGAGAAGAGGGAGCGCAUCCCAGCCAUCGCUUUCAACUCAUACUUCAAGAACUUGGAAAAGCCGCACGAAAGCGAGGGAGAGAUCCAUCACGCGCAGUGGGCUUUCGUUGGAGAUGAAGAGGCCAAACGUAAGUAUCAAAUGUGGUACACCUGA